AUGAUCUCAGCAAUCCUCCUCGUAAUCAUCACAGUCUUCCUCCCACCCGUAGGCGUCGCAAUCGUCGCAGGCUGCGGCGCCGACCUCCUAAUCAACAUCUGCCUCACGAUCCUCGGGUUCUUGCCGGGGCACAUUCACGCCUUCUAUGUGGAAUACAUCUACUACUCCCGCCAAGAGCAAGCGCGUGAGGGAAUUUAUGAAAACAGGCGGGCGCCGGGGGUGUUUAGCGAUAGGGUGCAGACUGGGGGACGGGGGUACGGGACGAUGCCGCCUCCACAGCAGGCGCCGCCGCCGGGGUACCAUUGA